GUCCAAUGGAGGAUAAACCGGUGACACUUACUCUAAAAAAAAGCGGACGGGACCAGAGUAUAAAUCGACAUCACCAGUGGGAAUGCCACCUUUAAACAGUCACAGCGAGUGGCGAAUCAGUGGUUAUAAGUAUAGUAAAACAUCUUUGCACAGGCGAAUACUGCUGGAAAGAUACCUGAAAUGACUCGGUUGUGAACGGGGAAAAGCCUGUCAUCAAUCUCCGAAGGCAUCCAUGUGUAUCAUUUUUUUCAAGUUUGAUCCUCGGCCUGCAUCAAAAAAUGCCUACAGGCUAAUUUUGGCUGCAAACAGAGAUGAGUUCUACAAUAGGCCAUCCAAGGUUGCAGAUUUUUGGGGGCCGAACGGUGAGGUUCUCAGUGGUGUGGACCUGGAAUAUGGUAAGGAAGGAGGAUCAUGGCUGGGGAUCAACAAGAGUGGCAAAUUGGCUGCAAUCACAAACUACCUGGAAGGACGCCCCAACACAGAUGCACAAGGACGAGGUUCCCUUGUGUCAAACUACCUAGUAGAUAAGGAGUUAGACAGCUACUCGUACCUGAAGAAGAUAUCAACAGAAAGUCACUUGUACAACGGCUUCAACCUCCUCACAGCAGAGUUCAAAGCCAAGCAGGAUCAUGUGUGUUACUAUGGGAACAGAGGCAGCACUGAACCUAUUCAUCUAAAACCAGCAGGAAUCUACAGCUUGAGUAAUUCCCUUCUGGACACCCCAUGGAAGAAACUGCUGCAAGGAAAACGGCACUUUACCAGCGUCAUCAGCAACCAGUCACUGUCCUGUGAUGGACUGGUGCAGGAGCUGCUGGGCGUACUCAAUAAUGAAGAACUGAAUUGUCCUGAUCCAGCUCAGGAGAGCCAGGGUGAGGGUACCAACAAGUUCCUGCUCCAGGCUCUAUCAGCUGUAUGUGUCCGCAGUCCUGAAUAUGGCACAAGGACGAAUACAAUUAUUCUGAUUGACGCAGAGGGCAACGUGACCUUCACAGAGCGCACCAUGCUUAACUGCGACACAAACCACUGGCACACCAGUUCUUUCCAAUUCAAACUGCACACAUGAAGACAUAAUGAAGGAAACUCACUUUGUGCCUCACAGCCUCCAGCAUCCUUAUCACCAAACCAUCCUUCUUGGCCCCCAUACACGUCACCAUAGCAACUAAUAGUAGCACAGCAGCUACCAGUUUUUUAUGUCUUAUUUUUUAUCGCAUUCAAAUUACAGCUAAGAAAUAUUUAAGUGAUUGCCAAAGAUUAAUUAAGUUGGGGGGGGGGGUUCUAUGUUUUUAACAAGUGCAGACUUAUUGCGGUUUUUGUCCGUAAGCUUUGACUUUUACAAUCCUGCAAAGGACUGCUUCAAGGAAGGAGCUCUUUCUAGCAGCUUGAUAAUAAACCUGUGUCUUAUA